AUGGCCAGGAGCCGGCCUGCGUCCCGCUGGACGCUAUUGCUCUCUUUGGUUGUUCUUAUCGCAUGCAUUGUUGUCCCCGGAUUGGCUGUGAAACACGAAAACUUCAAGACUUGCGAUCAGUCAGGCUUCUGCAAGCGAAACCGAGCCUACGCCGAUAACGCCUCCGCUCAAGGCUCGUCCUGGAGCUCACCCUACGAGCUUGACCCUGCUACUAUUCACUUCAAGGAUGGCCAAUUGACGGGUGUCCUUGUGAAGACUAUCUCAGACACCGAAAAAGUCUACUUGCCGCUUACGCUCUCUUUCCUGGAAUCCGGUGCCGCUCGCCUGCUUGUCGAUGAAGAGCGACGCUUGAAGGGUGAUAUCGAAAUCCGACAUGGCAGCAAGGUGAACAAGAAACGCUAUGAUGAAGCUGAGAAGUGGGUUAUUGUCGGUGGUCUGGAUGCCAGCAAAUCGGCAGCCCUCGACGGACAAUCCGAGACCGGGUCCACCAAGGUUUUGUAUGGGCCCGAAGACAAGUUUGAGGCAAUCAUUCGACACUCACCAUUUGAGGUCGAGUUCCAGAGGGAUGGUCAAACCCACGUCCAGCUGAACCACCAGGGCUUCUUGAAUAUGGAACACUGGCGACCAAAGGUGGAGGGUAAAGACGAAGAAUCUGGUGAAGAUGAGAGCACUUGGUGGGAGGAGAGCUUCGGUGGAAACACCGACUCCAAGCCUCGAGGCCCCGAGAGUGUUGGUCUCGAUAUCAGCUUCCCCGGUUAUAACCACGUCUUUGGUAUUCCUGAACACGCAGACUCGCUGUCCCUCAAGGAGACCCGAGGUGGUUCUGGCAACCACGAAAACCCUUACCGCAUGUACAACUCGGAUGUCUUUGAGUACGAACUCGACAGCCCUAUGACCUUGUAUGGAUCUAUUCCAUUCAUGCAGGCUCACCGCAAGGGCUCCAGCGUCGGUGUCUUCUGGCUCAAUGCCGCAGAAACCUGGGUCGACAUUGUUAAAAAGAGUGCUGCUUCCAACCCUCUCUCGAUGAGUGCCGCUUCGAAGACCAACACUCAUACCCACUGGUUCUCCGAGGCUGGCCGGAUCGAUCUUUUCAUCUUCCUGGGUCCCACUCCCCAGGCUCUGAGCAAGACCUACGGUGAACUCACUGGUUAUACUCAGCUGCCCCAGCACUUUGCCAUCGCCUAUCACCAGUGCCGUUGGAACUACGUUACUGACGAGGAUGUCAAGGAAGUGGAUGCCAAGUUUGACAAGUACCAGAUCCCUUAUGAUGUGAUCUGGCUGGAUCUGGAAUACACUGAUGACCGAAAGUACUUCACCUGGGAUCCUCUCACCUUCCCCGACCCCAAGGGCAUGCAGGAGAAGCUUGAUGCUUCUGAGCGGAAGCUCGUGGUCCUGAUUGACCCUCACAUCAAGAACAAGGAUGAUUAUUACGUCUCCAAGGAAUUGAACAGCAAGGGCCUUGCGGUUCAGAACAAGGACGGUGAAGUCUAUGAUGGUUGGUGCUGGCCCGGUUCCUCGAACUGGAUUGACUGCUUUAACCCCGCCGCAUUCCCGUGGUGGAGCAGCCUCCAUAAAUAUGACAAGUUCAAGGGGUCCAUGUCCAACCUUUUCAUCUGGAACGACAUGAACGAGCCUUCGGUUUUCAACGGCCCCGAGACCACUAUGCCCAAGGACAACAUCCACUAUGGCAACUGGGAGCACCGUGAUGUCCACAACGUAAACGGUCUCACCCUGGUGAACGCCACUUAUCAAGCCAUGUUGGAGCGCAAGAAGGGUGAGAUUCGCCGUCCCUUCAUCCUCACUCGGUCGUACUAUUCUGGAGCUCAACGCCUGGCCGCGAUGUGGACUGGAGACAACCAGGCCACUUGGGGUCACCUGGCUGCUUCCCUCCCUAUGGUUCUGAACAACGGCAUUGCUGGCUUCCCCUUCGCUGGCGCUGAUGUUGGCGGAUUCUUCAACAACCCGGAGAAGGAGCUUCUGUCCCGCUGGUACCAAGCUGGUAUCUGGUAUCCUUUCUUCCGUGCCCACGCCCACAUCGAUACCCGCCGUCGCGAGCCGUAUCUGAUCAGUGAGCCGUACCGUACCAUCAUUUCUCAGGCCAUCCGCCUGAGAUAUCAGCUCCUCCCCGCUUGGUACACCGCGUUCCACGAGGCGUCCGUCAAUGGCACACCCAUUGUGCGUCCCCAGUACUACGUCUUCCCCGAUGAUGAGGAAGGCUUUGCUAUUGAUGACCAGCUGUACCUGGGCGACACUGGUCUCCUUGCCAAGCCUGUCGUGCAGGAGAACACUUUUACCACCGACAUUUAUAUUGCCGAUGACGAGAAGUACUAUGACUACUUCGACUUUACCGUCUACCAAGGUGCCGGUAAGAGACACACCGUCCCCGCUCCGGAGGAUAAGAUUCCUCUGUUGAUUCAGGGUGGACACAUUGUUCCCCGCCGGGACCGUCCGCGUCGCAGCAGCGCUUUGAUGCGCUGGGAUCCUUACACCUUCGUGAUUACUCUCGACAAGAACGGUGAGGCCAACGGUACUCUCUACGUCGAUGACGGUGAGACGUUCGACUACGAGCGCGGCGGCUACAUCCACCGCCGCUUCCAGUACCGGGAGUCUGUCCUCUCGUCAGAGGACAUUUCCACCAAGGGUGCCAAGACCGCUGAGUAUCUGAAGACUAUGGCAGGCGUGACCGUGGAGCGGGUGAUCAUUAUUGAUCCUCCAGCGUCAUGGAAGGACAAGAACAGUGUCACUGUCAUUGAGGAUGGGGCUAAGGCUGGAUCCACUGCCUCGUUGGAGUACUUUGAGCAGAAGGGCGGCAAGGCUUCGUAUGCCGUUGUCAAGAGCCCGAAUGUUGGCAUUGGCAAGAACUGGCGGAUAGAGUUUUAG